AUGGGGGAAGAUGCUACAACAACUAAUGCAAGUAAUCUUACUCAUCAGGAUGAUAUCCUCCGCUGGAUCAAGCUGGGCGUCACAUCGCAUUCUUCUUCUGAGGCCUGGGAUGCAUAUUCCUUUGAAACAUUACUGGAAUGCUUGAAGCCCAUUCGAGGACUGGUGGAUGAGAAGUUUCAGAUUAUCGUAAUGAAUUUACCACCAAAUCAAAAGGUGACGCUACAUUCACUACAUCAGUCAGAAGACAAGGACUUCUGGGAGGCAUUUGGACACUAUAUCAGUGAUGAACAUGGAUCAGUGACAGGGGAUAAAGAUGAAAGUUUUGGAGGAACUUAUGAAGGCAUAGAGCCAAUGGGGUUGAUGUGGAGCAUGAGACCCAUAGCGGGAAGUCGACAUGGACUAAGGUUACAUAAGAGGGACAUUUUCACACCUGUGGCAGUUCAAAUUUCAGUAUACAGUGGGCAUCUAUUUCAUGGCUUCAGCCAGCAAACACCUCCGGUAACCAGUGUCAUUGAGCGCUGGUACAUAGCACCGGGUGUGAAGAGGGUGAGCAUCAAGGAGAAAGAAGUACGAGGAACAUUAUUUCUGCCUCCAGGCCCUGGACCAUACCCGGGAGUGUUGGACCUAUGGGGAACAGGUGGUGGUUUGGUUGAGUACCGUUCUGCCCUGCUCGCAUCCCAUGGCUUUGCAUCCAUGGCACUUGAGUUUUUAACUCCAGAAAAUCUAAGAUUGGAAGACAUUGAUGCCUCCUACUUUGAGAAAGCAUACCAUAUCCUGAAGAGUCAUCCAGCGGUACAGUGGGAUCAAUUGGCUGUGCUUGGGCAAAGCUUGGGAAGUGUCAUUACACUCAGUAUGGUGGCCUACGCCAGAGUCAUUAAGCCCCAGUGUUGUGUGUGCAUUAGCGGAAGUCAUCUGAUGCCUUUUGAUAAAUCCCUCUCAGAAUUCUUUGAGAAGAUAGAAAAACAUGCAGAUAAGCUAUAUGUGAAUGAGGACAACCAGGUUAUCUGCAGAGAUCUCAUCUUAUCACUUCCCUGCCAAAUUCUCAAAGUUGAUGUUGGGGGAAUAAAGUGUCCACUUCUGUUGGUGAAUGGUGAUGAUGAUCAGAUGGUUCCUUCAGUGGAAUCGGCUGAAGAUAUGGAGAUGAUGAUGGAGAAAGCAGGAAAUCGGCACUUGUUGGAAAUCCUGACGUAUCCUGAUGCGGGUCAUCUGAUUGAGCCUCCAUACUCGCCUCACUUCUGUGCAACUAACUUUGACCAACAGUGGACAAAGGAGAGAAUUGUUAUGCUAUGGGGUGGACAGACUAAACCGCACGCAUACGCACAAGAGGACGCAUGGAAGAAGAUAUUAGCAUUUCUGAGGCAGCACCUUUCAGCAAUGUAG